AUGGGAAUGGAAAUUGAGCUUCCAAAACUCAUAGCUGAAGCAGGGGCUGAGCAUCAUGUUGAUAAGAUUAACAACACUUGUAGGUUGACAGUUCUGGGGCUACUGAAGAAGCAACUUGAGGAUGAGUAUAAUGAAGUUUUGAGAGACCUUGUAUUUGGGAAGGUUAUUCACAGCUUCAUCUGCAAAAUGCUAGACAUUUCAAAGCGUCACGAGUUAUGGUUUAGCUUUGCUAGAAAGCCUCUUCGGUUUUCUAUGCAAGAGUUCUACGCUGUGACAGGUCUCAAAUGUGAAGCAGACAAAGACACUGAUUUUGAAGCUUUGAGAAAUGAUAAGGGGGUUUGGGACACUUUGCUGAAGCAAAAUGGAGAAGUAGACAUGAAGACAAUUAGGCUGAAGCAUCUUACGGAGUGCAAGGACUGGUCGCGUGUGGACAGGGUCAGACUAGUCUACCUUUGUGUUAUUUGUUUUCUGAUGACUAAGGAUGAGAAGAUCAAUAUCCCUCAUGCAUACAUAAAAUUAGUGAUGGAUUUUGAUAAACUGAGGAAGUAUCCGUGGGGUCUUCAUGCCUACGAUCUGCUUCUGGAUUCCAUAAAGAAAGCAAGGUUCAAGUUGAAGAAGAACAGUUAUGUAUUAGAUGGAUUCUCCUAUGCCCUACAGAUUUGGCUUAUGGAGGCGAUUCCAGACAUUGGGACUUUGCUGGGUCAAAAGUACAAGGAAGGCAUAACCAGUGUGAGAUGUCAGAACUGUAUGGAAAGAACUAAAGCGGUUGUGUUUCCAUUCAUAUCUGAUACCGGAAACAAUGAUGUCGUUGCUAGUGUGAGAUUCAAAAGGGAUGAUGAGAAGAAAGAUGAACGAGUUGACAAAAUUAUUUCCUUGAUCAAUGCAAAAUUUGAUUGGAGCAAAUUCGUUUGGCAAGUUGAGGAAGAUAUGCGGACUCAAGAUCAGCUACAUGAGAAGGUUGAUGUUGCUGUGGAAGCUAGUCAAGAUCAGAUAGAUGGGAAAGAUGAGGUUGCCGUGGAAGGUGAACUAGAAGUAUCUGAAAAAGAAGAACAGGUUGAACCUGUAGCUAAAAGAAGGGUCACGAGGAACGCAAAGGAUCCCGGUUGUGAGUCUAGGAAGAGACAACUACUUUGCCAACGCGCGGCAGAACAGAACACUGGUCUCGAUGAUCAAACGAAGAUUUUUAUUACGGGAUUGUUCAACACCUCCUUCAACUCAAUGAAGGAAGAGGUUAAGAAGCAUGUGGAUCAUCGCUAUGACAAGCUUGACAGUGAGAUUGCAUAG